CUUGCUGAGCUUAGAGACCGAAAGAGGGACUCUGAGGCUUUAUAGAGAGAGAAAAAUCACCAUUGGAUUGUGUACAGCUUCAGAAGAGACUGGGAGAGAGAAAUCAGACAAGUCUUUUUGAGAAGUUGAAAAUGGGUGAAACUGUGCUGAUCAAUUAAAGGGUCCUACGCAGAGGGAUUUUGGUUCGUUUUGGUGGCAUUUCCUGGGUAAAUGGUUUCGACCUUACCCAUAUGAAUACGCAGUCCAUGCAAAGAGACACCUCAUACCCGCCUACGGACUCCUACCACAGUAGAGUCGUCGAUUUCCUGAAUGACUCGGAAGCAAAUGCCUUCAAGCUGGUGGACCUGGCUCCAUUAACCCCGACAGAGCUGACGAUGCUGAAGCCCCCACACCCUUUCCCAACAGUGAACGUCCCAGCCCACACUCACUAUACCAUCGGGGCUGUCAUUCUCGCAGUGGGGAUCACAGGAACUCUUGGUAACCUCCUGGUCAUCUUUGCUUUCUGCAGGAGCAGAGGCCUUCGGACUCCUGCCAACAUGUUCAUUAUCAACCUGGCUGUUAGUGAUUUCCUAAUGGCUGUCACCCAGUGUCCAGUUUUCUUCACCAGCAGUCUCAACAAACGAUGGGUAUUUGGUGAAAAGGGUUGCGAGCUGUACGCUUUCUGCGGAGCGCUUUUCGGCAUCGCUUCCAUGAUCACUCUAACAGUGAUAGCCCUGGACAGGUACUUUGUGAUUACGCGACCCUUGGCUUCCAUUGGAGUAAUGUCUAAGAAGAAAGCUUUGCUAAUCCUGUUAGGAGUCUGGCUGUAUUCCUUAGCAUGGAGCCUUCCUCCCUUCUUUGGCUGGAGUGCUUAUGUUCCGGAAGGCCUCCUGACAUCUUGCUCCUGGGAUUAUAUUACCUUCACCCCAUCGGUCCGUGCCUACACAAUGCUUCUCUUUUGCUUUGUGUUCUUCAUUCCCCUAAUUGCCAUCAUAUACAGCUAUUUCUUCAUUUUCAGAGCCAUCCGGAAUACAAACAGGGCUGUUCAAACCAUCAGUUCAGAUGGUACAAAAGAAUCUCAAAGGCUGUCCCAGAGGAUGACGAAUGAAUGGAAAAUGGCCAAAGUAGCCCUGGUUAUCAUCUUGCUUUAUGUCCUCUCCUGGUCUCCAUAUUCGAUGGUAGCUUUGCUGGCUUUUGCAGGGUACUCCCAUGUGCUCACUCCCUUAAUGAACACAAUACCUGCAGUGAUUGCCAAAGCUUCAUCCAUCUACAACCCAAUCGUUUACGCCAUUGCCCACCCCAAAUACAGAAUGGCGAUUGCAAAAUUUCUUCCCUGCCUUGGAUCUCUGCUAAGGGUUUCUCAUAAGGACUCCAGAUCUAACAGCUUCCCUUCCACCAGACGUUUCACUGUCACCAGCCAGUCCUCUGAUAUGAAUGGGCUGCCAAGAGGAAACAGACGGCUCUCCUCUGUCUCAGACAGUGAAUCUGAAUGGACUGACACAGAGGCGGAUAUCUCUAGUCUGAACUCCAGAGGUGCUAGCGGGCAAGUUUCGUACGAGAUGGGUGAAGAUACCACGGCAGAAAUGAACGAUGUCAAAGUCAAAUCUAAACUGAAAAGCCACGAUUCAGGGAUUUUCGAAAAGACUUCAGUGGAUGCAGAUGACAUUUCUAUGGCAGAGGACUUAGCCUUUGGAAACUACAUCUUUGGAGACAGCCUGACAGGUGACGAUCAGUACACUUUUGGCGUGAGGGCAGAAGAUUCUUGCUACCUCUCAUCUACAGCCCAGAUACCCAGCAUUGUGGUAACCUACAGCAACGUCCAGCGAAUGGAGCUGCCUUUUCAAUCCAACUCUGACCCUUCGUGCUCCAGGAACUGUGGCUAUAGCUGGGAGAGGAACUCCAGCAGCCGGCUAGAGUGGCUGUGCCAGGAUAGUGCCUUAGGUCCUACGCCAGAGACACACAUGUGUCAGCUUAGUGUAGAAAACCUUCCAAAACAUCACUGAAGCAGGAAGAGAGGGCAGAAGAAUGAAAAUUGCCAGCUUUCCUGUAAAGAUUCAGAAACAGCUCCACAAUAGUUAAUUUGCUUUACAUGUUGAUUGCGUUCUCCACAAUGUUUGUGCUAAUAAGUUGAGCAUUUAAAACGAAAAGAGGUAGUAGCCCGUUUUAUCCUGAGAACAGGCUCACACAUGAAUCUUGUAUGGAACAAUCUACACCCAGCCAUCCACAGAUCGCAACUGUCAGGCAGGCAAUCCCUGAUAAUGUCCAGCUUGGAGAGGCAGCAGGCAGGGAGUCGGCUGACAUGCCCAACCUUUUUUGACCAGUGGGGGGAAUGUUGAGAAAGUGUUGCAUGUGCCAGUCGCAAAAUGGCUGCCAUGGUGUGGCGUAACACGAAAUGGCCACCAUAUCUGAAAGAGGCAGGACCAAAGAUGGCUUGGGCACCCUCCCUGCAUCAGCUCCCCUAUCAAUGGGGAGCAGGGAGCACCUAUAUCAGCCACAACUGCACUUGCUCACUCUUGGUUUGAAUGGAAGGGAGGUUUGGUUGUCCAGUCCUGACAUCCAAUGAAAUAUGAGCAUGUGUGCAACGCAGAAGCCAAAACAGUGCCAAUAUAAACUGAACAGAAACAGCAAACUGUCCCUCAUGCAUUGUUGAUUUUUUGAGGGGAUAUUUAGUGAGACCUUUCACAAGUAUUGUAGAAGAUCCUGGUGGGCACAUGCAUUGGUGGCCCCCUAGCCUGGUAGCUCAAAGGGCUAUAUAGCUUAGUGGCUUCUUCUUGCAACAAACAGGUGCCCAGAUUAAGAGAGGGAUUUUGAAGCCUUACAGCCAGCAGUGGUUUGUGAUAGGCUCUCCAGAACAGGGAACGGCUGUAGCUCCAUGGUGGGUGAGCACAUGGUUUGUUGCAGAAGGUCCCAACACUGAGCCAGAUUGACCGAACCAUCUGACUUGGUCUAAGACAGCUUCCCAUGUCCUCAAUUGCCUGAUUCCUGGGACCAGGAGGAUUCUCAUCUGUGGUGUUAGUCUCCUCCUGCCUUGAACUACCUCCAGUUUCCUUCUUCACGCAGCAGCCCUGCUGGUGCCAAGAGAAGAGGACUGGCACCUGGUGUUGCAAAGUUCCUGGUUUGAGCUGUACAGCUACCUGGUACCAAGGUGUGUGACUCAAGGCCUGUGUGGAUAGUGUCAUGGCAUAGCUUAGUCACUAGGUGGCGCUGGGCUUGUGUGUGUAGCUAAGUGGCAUCAGGAGGUUCCUGCUGCUGUUCUGUUCUUGUUUAGAGAAACAAUAAAGUUAUCGUUUAGCUCCUUGUCUAGUCUGUCCACUCAGCCUUCCAUGACAAGGCCCAUGUGCAUAUCAUUCCCAUUGUGCAACCAGUCCAUCCCAUUUUUGGUAAAUGAUAUCUCAUCCAUAGGGCUUUCAGGCAUAGCUAAGUGGUCUUUUUGUCACAGGUUCUGCUGGAGGACACAAGGAUAGCAUAUUCCUGUACCUCAGCUCUUGUAGAUCGUGUGUAAAUGGGCUCUAGAGCCCUUUGGAGAGGGAAAAAGUGGUGCCUGCCAUUUUACUGUAUGGUGAUUUAUAAAUGUAUAAAUAAGAUGUUUCUGUCAAGAUCAAGGCAUGGGGAUUAUGCACAUGUCUCAUGGAAAACGUAACAUCUGCACAGUGCUUAAUCCACAUGGGACAAGUGUCACAGGAAGACCGUGUGACACCCGUCUACACCCGUCACCAAGUUGCACUUAAUGGAUGGUGUGGAGGUACCAGUGCCAACAUGGGAUGCAUGCCCAGGCAUUCAGCUGAACAUGCAAAUGCUCCAAAGUGUGGAUGGAGGGGUGGGGCGUGCAUGAAAGCCAUGCCUCCAAUGUCCUCAUGCAAGUUGCUCCCCACCCCCUGCUCCUCCACAUUCCUGAAUGUCUCCACAUCAAGCAGGGGGCUCACAUAAUUGAUCAGGAUCCUGCUAUUUCAGGGUCCCCAGUGACACCAAGGGGGUCAACUCACAAGUAGGAGCCCUCCACAGCACUUUCCCACUCAGCACAGGGGUGAUGCCUAGGACUGAACAUGCAGGAUGCAAGACUCACAAGGCUGCUUCUAUUAUUGCCCCCUGCUCCAGAUACAAAGUUUGUCUCUUCAGGCAAAUCUGUAAACAUACUUAAUGUCCAUAUAUUGCAAACAUGGGAACAGAGAAGGUCUCUCUGUGCAAUAACUGUAAUGUGUAUUCUAGGCUUCUAUCAACAAGAUGUCAGGACUUGCACCUGCACUGGGCCCUGAACUUGGCACCUUUUCAGAUUAAUAAGCAAAUAGAUUUAUUGCCAGCCCAUGACGAGCAAGUGCCAGAGCAGGUUACAAUUUAAAAUUCAACAUCAAAAACAGUUGUCACAAAAAUAGGGUUGAGAAUGACAACCUGCCCUCUCCUGACAAUGGCAGGAGGACAUUCAACCUGUGUAACCAGCACCCAGAACAAGGAAAUACCGUACCUUCACAUUAAUAGGCAAGAGGAGAUCACGUGGUACAUCUUGCCCCAUAUAGAAGCGACUUGAGUCAAGCUUGCCCUCCAGAGGAUUUUGCUUCUCUCUCUCUCUCUCUCUCUCUCUCUCUCUCUCUCUCUCUCUCUCCCCUUCCUUCCUUCCCUCGUUCUCUCCACACACAGCCCCCAACCUGAACUUUACGCAACCUAUAUCCGAUGCAAAAUAGUAUAAUAACAGAAAACACAGUGUAGGUUUUAUUGGCAAUUGGAACGAAUUCAUUGUCUUUGGGAACAAAUAAUGUAACGGCGAUGUACUUUGCUAUAUUUUAUGAUUUUCAGU